AUGGCGCUUAACCCUCAGCUGAUGCCCAAUGGGAUGCCUAUUCCCUUUGUUAAUGAGAUGUUCGUUCUAGUCAGAGAUGGGGUUGAGUUUGAAGUCGACAAGAUCCCUGGAGGGCAUGGAGGCAAUGUUAAGGCCAAGGGAGUGAUUUACUUGUCCAAUAUACGGAUGGUAUUUGUUGCAAGCAAGCCUGUUGAGAACUUUGUUGCUUUUGACAUGCCCAUGCUUUAUAUCCAUGCCGAGAAAUUCAACCAGCCAAUAUUCCAUUGCAACAAUAUUUCUGGUCAAGUGGAGCCUGUGGUACCAGAGAACGAGCACAGAGCUCUAUAUUCAACACACACAUUCAAGAUCCUGUUCAAGGAAGGUGGCUGUGGGACGUUUGUUCCUCUCUUCCUGAAUCUCAUAUCAUCAGUGAGACAAUACAAUAGACAAGUGCAACAAGCAGCAGAAGUAGCUCCACGUGUUGAUCCUCUCCAAGCCGCACAGACCCCUGUGGACGAAAUGAUGAGACAUGCGUACGUGGACCCAAAUGAUCCAACGAAGAUAUAUCUGCAGCAGCCAUCAGGGGAAUCUCAGUUGAGGCGGAGAGCUUACCAUCCGAGUGCACCCGAAUAUUGA